UUUAGUCGCAAGACGUGGGAUAGGGGCAUUUUUCUGUUACUUUUCCUCAACGGUGGGAAAACAUAAUUAAGCAUAAGUUACUCUAUCACCCUUCCUAGUUCCCUAGCAAAUUUGAUAGUUAUUUAGGGUGUAUUUUAGGAGAUGACAGUAUAAAAGUUGUCCUAGAGUUUGCCGGCUUGACGGUCGAAUGAAUGGUAGUUGCGUUGCCUGUCCAGUGUUUUCAAGAUCGGCACUGCAUCCAUGUCAUACGAGGAAAUGCUGAAGUUGCUGUCACAGAAGUUAAGAUCUCAGUCACUCGAUGGGGUGCAACCGACGCAGUCUGAGGCAGAAGAAGAGAGGGAUUCAGGAACAGAAUCUGAUGAUGAAAAUGCCGAACUUGAGCAACUGGAACUUCAGCGCAUGGCAGAGGUUAACCAGCAGGAUACCUCGAGUUACGGCAGCCUUUCCCCUACCCUCAUCAGUGGGGAGACAGAUAGUUGCAGUAAUAGCCCACAGUUCAUGAGCGAGCUGACAACGCUCACCUUAGGUUUAUAUGAUCAGAUCUCGGAGUUGGAGCAGGGUAGCUGGGGGUUCGAUGACCACAGCUCCGAGGAAGAGCUCUCAAGUAUUCAUAGUAGUCGUGAGCUGCAGGCAGAGAAACGCAAAUGGUCUCAGAUGACCUCUGGGCGGCGACAGAGCCAUGGUGACAGCACGCCAUCAUCCGAUGAGGAGGUGCGAGAUUUGAUGCUACAACCUCAGCCGGUUUUAUUUCAUGCCACACCUCCUCGAGAUGCUCACAGGGUGUCAAGGCACUCCCCGGCAAGACUUUAUUUAGCAAAUUUAACCCCAGUGACCUGCUCCGUCUCCCCUCGCAAACGUCAUCGUAAAACAGCUAUGUCGGGCUGGACUGAAUAUGACCGCAAUGGCAACACGCAGCGUCCUUGUCUGGACUUUGAAAAGAUGCAGAAGACCUUGGUCAAGAAACACAACUCUCAUCACAGCUUAGGGCGAGCCAAGGUUGUCAAAAUUAGGACUAUUAAUAAUUCCAGUCGAACUGGUGGUGCCCGGUGUUUUGACCCAUCUGUGUUCGCGUUCCGUUCAAUCAGCAUGGCCUACAGUCCAUUUACCCCAGUUGAGGAACCUUCAUAUGGGUUCUGCCAUUGAGCUGGUGAACGACAACAGAUGGAAUUGAGAUACAAGAUUGCCAGCUUUGGUCAUUCUUCAGGUGGUGCAUUAUACUACAGGAUUAGGCAGCCAAGACUGGACUGUUGCAUUGUAGUGAAAUGGGCUGUAAUGGUUUUAAAAUGGCCCAAACUUACCACUGUCGCUCUUGGGCCUACUCCAAGACACCUCUGCAGCUGAGCUGUGGAUACAGACCCUGUCAAUACUUUCUAUGAUAUAUCCUUAAAUACUUAGUCCUUCUGGGGCGGAGAGGAGGCAUGGAGAAAAACUCUAGGAGCCUUGAUAGAAGAUGAUGUUACCAUGCUGACAAAUCCAGAGUUUAUUGCCUUGGCAGCCAAUGGCAUGGACCUUGGAUUAGGAGAGUUAGCACUGUUGCUGGUGUAUGUAUAUAGAUAUAAAUAUCUGCGUAAACACGAGAGAGAAGUACAUGUAAGAUCAUGUGAUAUAGAUCCAUUUAUUGCAGACAUCUUGUGCUGAAAGGUCCACCUGCCUCCAAAGAUAUCAAUUGGUUGUGCACGAGUGUGACCUUUACUCGAUUGGUUUUCAGUGAAUGUCAUCAUCUAGCACAUCUGAUUUACUUGUGUAUACUGAUAGACAUUCAAGGAAAUACAAGCAGAUUCUAGGACAUGGACAUUAAAAGCAGAGACAAGUUGCUUUAGAUUUAAUAUAAAAGUUUGUGGGAUUUGUCAGAUUUUAUACAUAUUGUGAAAUAGGUUUAUUUAAGAAUCAAUAGAACUAUUUUAUUACUAAUCCAUGAAACCCAGGGACUUGAUUCAGUGGUGAGAAUAGGCCAUGUGUGUAUUUACCAGUGCAUGAUAUUCUGGUGCAGAGCAUUUCUCUUAAAACUGACAUGGUGUUGUGAAGAUUUCAAAUUUUAUCAAUAUUCAAACCAUCUGGAUUUUUGAUGCAUUGUUUGGCCUUCUUUAAUAAUAACUUUGGGACACAUAUAUUGUGGAGAUUUGUUUCCAAGUGCACAUCAGCAAACGCACAUUUUUCUCCCUAGAAAUCUCAAAUGUAUUGAAUGCCGUGAUAUACUCUUUCAAUAUAAUUCAAUUAAACGCAACAUUUAGUGAGAAUUUUCUUGUUAAAGACAAAUCGUUAGAUGUGAUGCAGAUAGUAUUAUUGAAAAAAAUAUUUUCAAACUCUUCCUUGUGUAUUCAUGAAGAAACACGAACAUUUGACACUUGCUUAUUUGCUGUAUACCAAACUUGUGGCAAAAUUAAGGAAAGAAAAAUACAAUCUCGUAUUUCUGAUAUAUGUUAGCUGAUCACACAUUAUAGGAAAACUUGACUUGAUGUUAUAUUUUUAUUAGUUCAUGUACAUGUAGGUAAAGGCUUACUUUAACACUUUUGUUGAACUGCUUUCAGCUUCAGAAGUGCAUAAAAUGAGUUAUUCUGUCCUUAUUUGCAAAAAUACCCUGACUGUAGCAAUGUUAGGUUUAUGGGAAGAAAAAAAAAAGCAAAAUACAGCUUCUUGUAACGUGUUGGCUGUGCUUAGGUAGUGUAGACGUCUGUGUAUGUUAGUAUGGUGUAGAUGAUGACUGUAUUUAGAACAUGUAGCUUUAAACAAUUUCCCUUGCAUUUAGCGCUGAUCUCAGUGACGCAAACACUAGAAUGGUCUUUGCAUUAGCUGGAUGUACGUGUAUAUAUUUUUGUGUGUUAGUAGAAGAGUUGAUGUGAAAAUGACGUGAGUGAUUCUGUCUUUGUGAGAAACUCUCCCAACUGUUACAGAUUGUAUAUAGAGAGUAUACAGACGAUGGCACAAAACAGGCUGUUCAUCUUCCAUAAAACAGUAUCAAAUUCCAAGAAAUGAUGUGGGAUAGAGUAUUUAUUUAAGUAUGAAGCAAUAGCAGAUUUUGAGCACAGAUUUGAAAUUGUAUGUCUGCAUAAAGUCAAUGGAUAAUGAUGGCAACACAACGUGUCAUUUGAAACGACCUGUUUCAUGUGCUAAAUUGUAUAGUGGCCCUUAGAUGUCUGUUCUCAUGAUACGAUUCAUUAG